GAUAAGAAAUGGACUGAGGGUGUUCCCAUAUAUAAGUGUUGCACACAGUAAACACACACACAUUUUUAGUGUAAAUGUUCGUGCUUCUCUAGACCAUUACAAUGAAGCGUGUACUCCUGCAUGGAGUAUUUCUACUCUUCCUGUUGUCUCUUAUACACGCUGCAUUAGUGAGGAACUCUCGGUCUGUGCCUGAACCUGUGCACUGCCAAUGGGGACCUUAUGGAAGUUGGUCAGACUGUGACGGUUGCUCCAAAACACAGACGCAGGUUCGAUCCAUUGCAGUUUACCCUCAGUUUAAUGGUCGCCCUUGUACUGGAAGCCCAUACCGCACACAAGCAUGUUUUUCUAGCAAGGCCUGCCCCCUAGAAGAGGGCUGCGGAAAAAGGUUUCGCUGCCAGUCUGGAAAAUGUAUCAGUCCGUCUCUAGUAUGUAAUGGAGAUCAGGACUGUGAAGAAGAUGGUUUGGAUGAAAAACAGAGUUGUAUUGGUACAAAAAUUUGUAGCCUGCAAAAGCCUCCGCCAAAUGUAGAGCUCACAGGUCAAGGGUUCGAUGCAGUGAGCAGACAGCCAAGAGGAACAGUGAUCAACACUAAAAGUUUUGGUGGUCUGUGUAGAAAGACCUUCAGUGGAGACCACAGUACAAUAUACAGAAUUCCUCAAAGUGUGCUUAGAUACACCUUUGAGGUGACAGCAAAAAAUGAUUUUUCAGAUGAAUCUUUUGAAAGCUCUUGGCACUACUUUCAUCACAUUGAAAAACAUAGUAAAACAACAGGCACAGAUUAUGGUCACGACGAUUACACCUUCCACGAUGAACUGCUACAGACACAGUCCAAACGUCUGGUCAUCGUUAAGAGUGAUGUGGAAGUGGCCCAGUUUCAGAAUCAGGCUCCAGAAUAUCUUCCUCUUUCAGAGGAGUUCUGGAAGGCUUUGCUCUCCCUGCCGGUUGCAUACAAUUAUGCCGCCUACCGCAAUGUGCUGGAGAGAUUUGGGACGCAUUACAUUUCAGAGGGCACGCUUGGGGGGCAGUUAAACGUUUAUCUGGCAAUGAGUGAAGAUCUCAUUAAUAAAAUAAAAACGGAAAAGAGAGACUAUCAACAUUGUGUCGUAACAACACAUUCAAUUCUGUUUUUCAUCCGGUGGAGCACAACAAAUUGUCAGGACGAUUCUUAUGAGAGGAACUAUCACUUUUACGAAAAGAUACCCAAAAGUGUGAAAAGGACAGAUGUCAUUGGUGGACAUCCUGGACAUAUUGCAAAACUGUUAAUGUUAAAUGAAAGCACACCAAAAGAGAAUGGCAGGGCUUUUUCUCAGUGGACUGGCUCAGUGAAGGAUCAACCAACAGUCAUCAAACAGAAGCUCAGACCUCUGCAUGAGCUGGUGAAAGAGGUGUCGUGUGCGGGAGUGAAAAAGCAUCACUUGAAACGUGCCAUUGAGACGUACCUCAGCGAAAAGCAUCCAUGUCAAUGCAGAGAAUGCCAGAACAAUGGACUGCGGGUGAUUCUAGAUGAUGUCUGCAAGUGUGUGUGCAAACCUGGUACUGAAGGCAAAGCGUGUGAAAUUGGGACACCAUUAGAUGAACAGCCAGGUGUGAUCCAUGGAGACUGGGCUUGUUGGUCAUCAUGGAGCACAUGCAGCGAUGGUCAGAAAAGCAGGACCCGCUCCUGCAGUCGACCCAUCCCACGAGGGGGUAAGGACUGUAUUGGCAAAGCUGAAGAGACUAGAGCCUGUGAGGAUGAGAAGGAACUAAAAUACCUACGCACAAUGGAGCCUCACUGCUUCGAUGAGUCAUUGUUACCCAGGGAAAGUUGUAAAAUGCCACCCUUCCUUGCCAAUGGGUUUGUUCUGUACCCCAAAGAUGAAUAUCCAGCGGGCAGUAAGAUUGAAUACACUUGCAGUGAGGGCUACCAUUUGAUUGGAAACCCAAUCGAAGAAUGUCAAGAAAAUCUAAAAUGGACAAAGAAUUCAAAAGAGUGCCAGAGAACAGUAUGUGAUCCACCUCAGCUUUCUCCAGAUGUCACCGGACAACCAUGGAAGCUUAACUACAUAAUUGGUGAGGCUAUCGUGUUGUCAUGCCCAGAAGGGAAAGAAAAGGAAGGUCCUGCUGAGAUUCAGUGUAAUGCUGGACUUGCCUGGUCGCCUCAACCGAAAAACACCAGAUGUAUCCUAGUGUCUACGAAGCCAACCCCAGUGGCAAUGCAAUGCCAGCCAUGGGAGAACCUAGCAAAGGACAAAUGUGUCUGCAAAAUACCCCACGAGUGCAAGUCUUCUUUGGACGUAUGUGCCACAAAUGUGAAACGCAGUCAGACACAGACACUGAGCGUGUGUAAGAUACAAGCUAUGCUCUGUCUGGGACACCAGUACACUCUUGCUGAAGACAGCGCCUGCCAGUGGCCAAAACGGUCAUCUACUGACUGCCCACAUUGCACACCAUGGGAGAAUUGUGAUGUGCAAACAAACACUUGUCGCUGUAAGACGGUUGAGGAAUGCUCAUCCUUGGAUGCCUGGAUCCAUGUGUGCGCGCAGCUGGAGGAAUCGUCUGCGCCCGUGACCAUGACAGAAUGUGAGGCGGGCGUGAGGAAGUGCAGAGGAGAAACAAUCCACAUUGUCAGUCUUCAACCCUGUCAGUCAUGAGUCUCAAAUAUAUACAUUUUAUGAUGGUCUAAUUACAAUUUGUUUGUUUGUAACAACUGACAAAUACAUGUAACUGUGAUAUAAUAUGGUUUCCUUUUUGAAUACUAUAAUGAAUAACCUCAAAUAAAAACUUAUGUCCAAGUUUA